CCGGGCCUGACUGAAAACACUUCUGCCUCGGCUUGUGUUAUCUGCGCGGUGGGUUGUGGGUGUGAGAGCGUCGAAGUAAAAUGGCGGACUUGGCAAACGAAGACAAGCCUGCCAUUGCACCUCCUGUGUUUGUUUUCCAAAAAGAUAAAGCACAGAAGCGGUCUGCAGAAGGCUCAAGUGCAGAAGAUGGCGAGGACUCCGAUAAAGAUGAGGGAAGCUAUUGCCCCCCAGUGAAAAGGGAACGGACCUCAUCAUUCCCACCCCCUCAUUCUGUUCCCAAGAACAAUGUAUUCAUGCCCUCAAGUUUCUGCCAGUCUCCAACUGGGAACUCUGAUUCUGAGCCAGAGGAGAAACCUAUGGGGUUCCGUUUAAAGCCACCGACUCUCAUACAUGGGCAAGCACCGAGCUCUGGCGUCCCGAGUCAAAAACCCAAGGAGCAGCAGCGCAGUGUCCUUCGCCCAGCAGUUCUCCAGGCGCCAGCCUCCAAAUCACAUUUAGAGUCCAAUUCCACUUGUGGAACGAACGGUGUGAAAAAGUCGCCAGAAGGCUCACUGGUCAGCCAGUCCUUCUUCCUGAACAACAAAGAGCACUCGACUACGCCAGCCAAGUCACUGAAACAUGAAAAUGAGGAGGAUGGAGCAAACGGCAACAAAGAUGGUGGCAGAAGAGACAAGAAGGAUUCUGAUAUCCCUACGUCUUUCGUGUUUGGUCAAAAUAUCAAAGACAGAGCAAAGUUGGAUGAGAACAGCACAGAAGACAACUCAAAAGACGCGGCGCAACUGGACUCUCAAACAGAGGGCACUAAUUAUUUCUUACAGUACAUCUCUACCCCAAGUUCAAAUGCCACAAACAGUACAGAUGGUGGAGCAAAGUUUGUCUUUGGGCAGAAUAUGUCUGAAAGAGUUCUGAGUCCCCCAAAAGGCGAGGUCUCAAAUGAGGAAAAUAAAGAGGUUUCAGCUGCUCCUGCUUCAGAGCCCUCAUCACAGGAAACGACUCCAGAGAAGGCAAACAGUGUGUCAGAGUCUUUGGCAGAAUCUGCAGCUGCUUACACCAAAGCCACAGCCAAGAAGUGCAUCUUAGAGAAGGUCGACGUGAAAACCGGGGAGGAGUCGGAAAGCAAUGUUUUACAGAUGCAGUGCAAGUUGUACGUCUUUGAGAAGACGGCUCAGUCGUGGAUAGAGAGAGGUCGAGGGUUGCUCAGACUCAAUGACAUGGCUUCUACUGACGACGGCACGCUACAGUCUCGUCUCGUGAUGAGGACGCAGGGCAGCCUGCGGUUGAUCCUCAAUACAAAACUUUGGCCCCAGAUGCAGGUGGACAAGGCCAGUGAGAAGAGUGUGCGAAUCACUGCCAUGGACACAGAGGACCAGGGGGUCAAGGUCUUCUUAAUAUCAGGUAGCUCGAAAGACAUAGGUCAGCUGGCUGCAGCGUUACAUCAUCGUAUUUUAGCUCUGAAGAGCAGAGCGGAGCAGGAGACGGAGACCCCGGCGACAAGUAUCCCUGAAGCCGAGGUGCCGCAGUCCAACGAGGACGACAGCGACGAGGAAGACAAGGGUUCUGCCUCCGCUGCAGCCUCCACUCCUGCUACAAGUAAUUCAGAUGGAGGCGAGAACCAGGCAGCGGGAAGCACAUAGCGUCACUCUUGGACAGCCUGCUAAGAUGCCGCUGUUGAGGUAUUUUACUGUAGGCAUCUCCAUGGACAGCCCUUGACCAAUAUGGGUCCUCCAGACCAGUACUUUUGGAUAUUAGAAGUCUAGCUCCAGGAAAUAACCCCCUGUGCCGGAGUGUCUCACCCAACUCGUGCAGUUCAUCUUCUCUGCAUUCAGCGUAAUAUCUGGAGUCGUUUCUUCCCUCCCUCUCCUGUUUUGUGUUUUAUUUUUGUUUUCAAGUAUUUUUUUUCUCUCCUGAUAGCAAAAAUAAAGACUUCAAAGCUUUGGUUUGGGACUUUUCUGCUCAUCAUAUUGAUGAGUGUAAGGGUGUUUUCCUCUACAUUUUAAGUAUGGCACAUGUUAAGACUGCAGUUUCUACUUUGGGACCUUUAUACUCACUCUACAGCCGUACCUCUGGACUCCACACAUCCAGAGGAGCUUCGUUCACAGUGUGUUUUGACUAGUCAUUUAGUCUGUUGGUCCUACAUCCAGACCGACUCUCCUCCUAACCCUUCCUUCCACUUCCCUCCAACCAGUCUGUGCGUUAGGUUUUGGCAAAUGUAAUUUAUUUUGGGUAGUGAUUUUCAUAAUGCAUCUCAACACAUACGUGCUGUUUGUAAUGGCUAGCCAAGAUCACUCAAGUUGUCAUUACUAGCAGUUUCUUAUAUUUCCUAUUGACCUAUAUUAUAGUGAAUAAAAGACUCAAACAAUGCAGUUUCCGCUAAUGUGAUUUAAUUAUUUGAGGACAAAAGGGCAGAAGGAUUCACCUUAAAUUGUCAUCUGAAUUAAUGCAUUUUAGUUACUCAUGUUUAUUUUUGUGGAGUUAUUUUUUUUUCCAGCUUGAGAAAAUGAAUUCAUCAGUCUUCAUUUUGCAUGUAACUUUUUAUUUUAUUUUAUUUUUUAUUAAUUUCAGCAUCCCAAGGAUUAAUCGUCUUGAUGCUUAUUUUUACGUUGACAAUGAUAUAAACUUUUUAUCCAUUUACAUCUGGAAACCAUGUUGGAGUGAAGACUUCAUGUGUGUAAAAAAAAAAAAUAUUAAAAAAAAGAAGAAAAAAAAACAAAAUAUUGAGUGAUGACUGUAAUACCCUUUGAAUUACAUGUACAUUUGAAUAUAUCAUUUAGUAGCACACCAUGUUUUCUCAUCUCUUUCACCUGCCCCCCUUUACAAAAUAAACCAUUUUGGACUGACUGUGA